GAUUUUUUUUAAAAAUCAAUUUUUGUUUUUAUUUUGAAGUGGACCGGAAGUUGUAGCUGCGCUCCUAGCCGCUGGCUCAGAUUUUCUUCUGCCGCCGAACUUCAGUCACUGUCGCCACCAUUCACAGGAGACUGCCCGGACCUGUCAGCAACAUAACGACCAUGGCAGAGCAGGAGCCCACACCAGAGCAGCUGGCAGCCAUCGCAGCCGCCAACGAGGAGUCCGAAGGCUCCGUCAACUACAAGCCGCCUGCCCCGAAGAGCCUACAGGAGAUCCAGGAGCUGGACCAGGAGGACGAGAGCCUGCGCAAGUACAAGGAGGCGCUGCUGGGCAACGCUGCUGUGGUUGCAGAUCCCACUGCUCCAAAUGUCCAGGUGACUCGAAUGACUCUGGUCUGUGCUGCCUCUCCACACCCUCUGGUGCUUGACCUGCAGGGAGACCUUGAGGGCUUCAAGAAGAACCCCUUUGUGGUUAAAGAGGGAGUGGAGUACAGAAUAAAGAUCAACUUCAAGGUCAAUAAAGACAUUGUGUCCGGCUUGAAGUACAAUCAGCUAACAUUCAGAAAAGGAGUCCGAGUUGACAAGGCAGACUACAUGGUCGGCAGCUACGGUCCCAGACCAGAUGAGGAGUACGAGUUCCUCACCCCGGUGGAGGAGUCGCCCACUGGCCUAAUAGCCCGCGGCACUUACAACAUCAAGUCCAAGUUCACCGACGACGACAAACACAACCAUCUGUCCUGGGAGUGGAGCCUCACUAUCAAGAAAGACUGGAAAGACUGAUUUGCCCUCCGCCAUCCUCAUCCUCGUCUUCCUCCGCUCUGCCUUCCUCUCCUCCUCCUCCUCCUCUCGCUGUCAUUCCAUUUCUUCCAUCUGAAUGCAUUUCUGGAUUCUGUUUCCAUUUUAAGCUUUUGCUGUCUCCGUCCGUCAUCACCUCUGGCUGUUCCAUCACUCUUCUCUCUGAGGUCUCACCUCUGAAGUAUUACAUUCUUAAAGAUGGAGAAAGCAAACACUGUGCACAAUCCAGAUUUAGCAGUAUGGUUUGUUUAUAAAAGGACAAAAUGAGUAAAAAUAAGUGAAUUGUUUGAUUCUCUCUCCUCUUCUCUCUGUCCCCCUUUUCAUUCUGUUUUUCAGAUAGUUUUGUACGAUUACCGUGAUUUGCCUUAGAACGCAUUGUACAGGGAGCAGUACUGCUGUACGGUCGCUGCUGGACGCACCUCUUUGGACACGGCCCUCCUCAAGCCUUUGAGCAGAUCAUUUGUAGCGGGCUCAGUCGCUUCCUGGUCUCCAGAGGAUUUAGAAGCGUAUGAAACCUGCUCGGAACCGGGGCACAGAAUUACCUCUAACCUUCUGUGAACCUCUGCUUCAGCUGAGGCUGUUCCGCUCCUGAUCAGGGUAUUUUGGCAGUUAUUUUAGCAGCCGUGUGGCCUUAACAGUAGCAUAUGAGGAAAAACUAGUCGUUGAUCCAUUUGCCUUCAUAUUAUAUUUGCCACACCAUUAUGUCAGCCUGUUUUUAAUCUGUGUAAGUAUGAACAGGGAAUCAGGACUAAUGACCUUUAACACCUUAAUUUCCCUUUGAGGCAAAAGUGUUGCACACUUUUCUAAUUUAGUUAUUUACAUCAACUCAGAGUCGGGCUAAUGGCUUUGUGCUGCUUAGUGUAAGCUUUGAAUCAGAUCCAACACGGGGGCUUUUAAACUGCUCACCUUGGAUUAGUGGAGUUGAACCUCACCAUCACUGAUCGUGCCUGUCGCCGACCCCGCGGUGACAUGUCUGUGAUUGACUCGAAGCAGCUCCCACCUACAGGGACAUGCGUGAACGGUGCCUGCAGCUCCAUGGUUUCCUCUGGGGUUGAGUGGGACUCUGUACUGUGUUACCUGCAGUUUACUGACCUCCUGUGUUCAUAUUAAAGUCUUCAGACUGGG